UUUGUCCCUCAUGCCUGAAAGCAGGGAGCCCGGGGACAGCGCCGCUGGGAUUUCGGAACAGGCAGCAACCCAAACCAAGCGGUGGCGCAGCAGCUGUGAAUAACCCCCAGCCUGUUUCCAGCUGGAAUUUCCUAGAAAAAAAAAAAGAAAAAAGAAAAACAUAAUUGCUGGAAAAAAGCAGAUGUCCUGGCCAAGACGGCUCUCCGUGCAGAAGCGCUCAUCGGGCAGCGCGUCUUCCUGCAGCGGAGGCGCGUGGAAGUCGAGAGAAGCCGGUGGAUGGAGGUGCCGCGUCUGGAAAGGGAAUCGCCGAGCUCCGCAGGGGCGAGCGCAGCAAAACCGCAGAUCCCGGGGGCUGCACCCCCAUUUCCUGGGGUUGCCCCAGUUUUUCCAGGAGCGGCCGCUGCAGACCAGCACCGACACCAAGACCCCCCCCCGGCCCGAAGCUCAUGGUGGCAGCGUGCUCGGCGCCGCACAAAGUCCUCCUCCCGCCUCUGCCCCGCAAUCAGGCAGCAUCUGCCUGGGCGAGGAGGAGGAAGGGGCCGGAUCAGGUGUCGCAUUAGGACCCAGCGGAGCCCCCAUGUUGGAGGUAGGAGCUUUUUCUCUCAUUUCGGAGUUUUUGAGCCCAGAGAGAAGAGACCAAGGCGUUGGGCAAGGGCGAAGGCAGCUCAUAGCAUCCGAAGCGACCGCGCCGCACUCCUGCAUCUACCUCCCGGCCCCGUCACCAUGAGAGCGCUGUGCCUCGUCCUGCUGGGCCUGCCAGCAGCGCUCCUGGUCCAGGGCCAGUACAGCAGGUUUGAAGGCAUCACCUACCCUGAGCCAGUGCAAUACUCCCAGUACGACCAGCAGGCAGAGAUUCAGGAUUACUACGACUACCACGAUGUGACCCCCCGCACCCCCGAGGAGCAGUUUCGGUACCAGUCCCAGCAGCAAUCCCAGCAGGAGAUCGUGCCAGCUCCGACCCCAGCUGCUGCCCCCGAGACUGAGCCCACGGAGCCAGGACCCCUGGACUGCCGGGAGGAGCAGUACCCCUGCACCAGGCUCUACUCUGUCCACAAGCCCUGCAAGCAGUGCCUGAACGAGAUCUGCUUCUACAGCCUCCGCCGGGUCUACGUGAUCAACAAGGAGAUCUGCGUCCGCACCGUGUGCGCCCACGAAGAGCUGCUGCGGGCCGACCUGUGCCGUGACAAGUUCUCCAAGUGCGGCGUGAUGGCCACCAGCGGGCUCUGCCAGACCGUGGUCGCAUCCUGCGCCCGCAGCUGCGGGGGGUGCUGAAGCCGCCCCCCCCCCCCUCGCCGGGACCCGCCGAGCCCCUUCCCCUGCCCGCCAGGCUCCGGCUCCUCACCGUGGUGCUAAAGAAACCGUGCAUGAAAGAGCAUAACAAAAAAAAAAAAGUCCAUUUUUUUUGUGCACAUAAGAAUAAAGGGGGGGUUGUUAUUUUUAUUACUUUUGUUAUUAUAUUGUAUGAGGGGGGGGGGGCGGCGCCAGCCCCCGCCGCCCCAGUUUCUGCGUAGAGUAUCCAAGAGAAAAAGCGUAAGGGUC